ACAUGUGUGUCUUCCUCGCCUGCUAAUACACCUCACACAGGCAGGCUGGUGUGGUUCAUGCCUCUGACUCAUGAAUGAGGCUGCCCUCCUGUGUCCGCUGGUCUCUCCUCAUCUGAGCCUUUCACCAACCCCUGUGAGAGCUGCUUUUCUCUCUGCCGAAUAUGACGCGUUCCUCUGGAUAACUUUAUUAAAAUGCUUCGGGUCAUUGUUGAGUCCGCUAGUGGGAUCCCCAAAAAGAAAAUUGGAAACCCCGAUCCAAUAACUACGAUUCUCUUUCGAGGUGAAAAGAAGAAAACCAAAGCAAUUGACAAUGAAUUGAAUCCUGUUUGGAAUGAAGUGCUUCAAUUUGAUCUGAAAGGCUCUCCUUUGGAUGCAUCCUCGUAUAUCGAUGUGGUGGUGAAAGACUAUGAAACAAUCGGGAAACACAAGUUCAUUGGCUCUGCAAAAAUCAGUCUGAGAGACUUGGCCGGUGGUCAAGUGAAGUCCCUCCCCUCCAGAAACGUUCCCUUGAUCAGUGAGAAACAACAGGCUAUUGGGGCAACCAUUAAUUUGCUCAUUGGGUAUGAGCCGCCUGCCAGCACCACCCCAAACCUAAAUGCACAACCUGAUGGAGACACAUCUCAUGUGGAUGCUGGAGGCGGUGAGGAGGCUGAUGAGGGGGAGGCAGACGUGGAUGGAGGAGUUCAAGGUGGGAGCCCAGGAGCUCCAUCCUUACCAAACGAGCCUGGGAAACCCAGCCACAAGCCCAUGCGCUUUGGCCGUAAGAGGAACAAAGCCCUGGCCAAUAAGCUUCAGGACUUCCAGAUUCGCGUUCGAGUUAUAGAGGGCAGGCAGUUGCCUGGCAACAACAUCAAGCCGGUGGUUAAGGUGAAUGCGUGUGAACAGACCCACAGGACUAGAAUAAGAAGAGGAAAUAACCCAUUCUUUGAUGAGAUGUUUUUCUACAAUGUUAAAAUGCUUCCCUCAGAACUGUUUGAUGAGAGCAUUAGUUUUCGGGUUUAUGACUCCUUCUCCCUCAGAGCUGACAGUCUAAUAGGAGAGUUCAAGCUGGAUGUUGGCUACAUCUAUGAUGAACCAGGUCAUGCCAUAAUGAGGAAGUGGCUCCUCCUGAGUGAUCCUGAUGACUCCAGCUUAGGGGCCAGAGGUUACCUGAAAGUCAGUGUAUUUGUUUUGGGCACCGGAGAUGACCCGCCGACUGAGAGGAAAGAGAUAAGUGAGGAGCAGGAUGACAUAGAAAGCAAUCUUUUGGUGCCAGCUGGUGUCACAAUGCGAUGGGCCACUCUGAUCCUUAAAGUCUACCGUGCUGAGGAUAUGCCACAGAUGGAUGAUGCUUUUGUUCAGACAUUAAAACAUGUCUUUGGAGGGAAUGAAGAAAAGAAAAACUUGGUGGAUCCAUAUUUGGAAGUCAACUUUGCUGGGAAGAAGCUUUGCACCAAAAUAAUUGAGAAAAACGCUAAUCCAGAGUGGAAUCAACUCAUUCAUCUCCAAGUCAAGUUCCCGUCCAUGUGUGAGUGCAUCAAGCUGACUAUGUAUGACUGGGAUCGUCUAACCAAGGAUGACGCCAUAGGAACAACAUUUUUGAAUCUGAGCAAAAUUUCUUUCUCUGGGGGAGAGAUUGAAGCAGACAGAGGAGCUGAAAGUCACAACACAGCAUCUGAAUUGAUCACUACAGCAUCACACGUUGGUUUCCUCCCAACUUUUGGGCCUUGCUAUAUCAACCUGUAUGGUAGCCCAAGAGAAUUCACCGGCCUCUGUGACCCAUAUGAGGAACUCAACUUUGGCAAGGGUGAAGGGGUUGCCUACAGGGGGAGGGUCCUUGUUGAGCUGUCCACUCAGCUGGAUGAAAAGAUUGAUAAAAAUGUUGAUGACAUUUGUAGUGAUGAUAUCCUGGUGGUACAGAAAUAUCAGCGAAGGAGGAAGUACUCUCUGUGCGCUGUGUUCCACAGUGCCUGCAUGCUCCAAGAGCCAGGAGAACCUAUUCAGUUUGAGGUCAGCAUUGGAAACUAUGGUAACAAGCUAGACUCCACCUGCAAGCCUCUGGCAUCCACCACCCAGUACAGCUUUGCUGUAUUUGAUGGUAAUCACUACUAUUACCUACCCUGGGCUGACACUAAGCCUGUAGUGACUCUGACAUCAUACUGGGAAGACAUCAGUCACCGUCUAGACACUGUCAAUAUUCUCCUCUUCAUAGCUGAGAGACUGGAGUCCUACCUCACCUCUUUAAAAACAGCCAUCUUAGCCAAGGUGUCUGAGACACAUCUGGCAGAGAUUUGGCUCAAACUCAUCAACCAAACAAUUGAAGACCUUAACAGUUUCCAGCUUCCAGUGCUGGACGGCCAGUCCAAUCUGACUACAUUGGAUCUCCAAAUGAAAAUCCUGCGAGAUGCUGCCAUAGACAGUAUCAAACAGAUGGCCAAUCGUAUGAGAGAAGAGGCCACAGAUGUUAAGGCUACUGUCAGUGACAUUGAAGACUGGUUGGACAGAAUCAAGCAGCUGGCAGAAGAGCCUCAGAACAGCAUGCCAGAUGUGAUCAUCUGGAUGUUGAGAGGAGAGAAGCGGGUGGCUUUUGCUCGAAUUCCAGCCAACCGGAUCCUGUACUCAAGCUUAAGUGAACAGGCCUGUGGCAAACAUUGUGGACAAACUCAAACCAUCUUCAUGCAGUACCCCAUGGAUAAAAACAAGGGUGUGAAGAUCCCUGUUCAGCUACGGAUCAACAUGUGGCUUGGUCUCUCUGCCCAUGAGCAGAAGUUCAAUAGCUUCUCAGAGGGAAACUUCAGUGUGUAUGCUGAAAUGUAUGAGAACCAGGCUCAGGUGUUUGGGAAGUGGGGAACCACUGGUCUGGUUGGUCGCCAUAAGUGCUCAGAUGUAACUGGAAAGGUCAAACUCAAACAAGAACGCUUUCUGCCACCACGGGGAUGGGAAUGGGAGGGAGACUGGUUUGUUGACCCUGAGCGAAGCCUUUUGACUGAAGCAGAUGCAGGCCAUACAGAGUUCACAGACGAAGUAUUUCAGAAUGAAACCCGUUUCCCUGGUGGGGAGUGGAAACUUGCUGCAGAGCCCUAUACAGAUGUGAAUGGAGAAAAGGCUUUGAGCCUAGGAGAGAUUGAAUGUCCCCCUGGGUGGACCUGGGAGGAUGAGUGGAGCUUUGACAGCAACAGAGCUGUAGAUGAGAAAGGUUGGGAAUACGGAGUUACCAUUCCUCCUGAUGAUAAUCCCAAAUCCUGGGGUGCAGCAGAGAAGAUGUAUCAUGUCCAUCGCAGAAGGAGACUCAGAAGAACGAGGAGAAAGACAUCUGAUAAAAAGGCUGCGGCCCAGAAAAGUGAUCCAGGGGAAGGCUGGGAAUACUCUUCCCUGAUUGGCUGGAAAUUCCACAGGAAGGAACGCUCCUCUGACACGUUCCGCCGCCGCCGCUGGAGGAGAAAGAUGGUCCCAUCUGACCGUAUUGGGGCCUCCGCUAUCUUCAAACUGGAAGGGGCAUUAGGUGUUGAUGUUGAUGAGAAGGCCAGUAAAACAGAUGCAGCCAAACUGUUUGGUGCCAACACUCCCACUGUUUCCUGUUACUUUAGCCGGUCUUACGUUUAUCAUCUGAGGGUGUAUGUGUAUCAGGCAAGGAACCUCUGUGCCAUGGACAAAGACAGCUUCUCAGAUCCCUAUGCCCAUGUGUCAUUCCUACAUGUGAGUAAGACCACAGAAGUCAUAAGAGCCACUCUGAACCCCACAUGGGAUCAGACUCUUAUCUUUGAUGACAUUGAAAUUUAUGGAGACCCACAGACCAUUGCCCACAGCCCUCCUGAUGUGGUGUUGGAGUUGUACGACAGUGAUCAAGUGGGUAAAGAUGAGCCCAUGGGACGUUGCACAUGCCCCCCAGUGGUAAAACUGAACCCUAGUGUGGCUAUCAGCCCUAAGCUACUCUGGUUCCCAGUCACCAGAAAGGGCCACAGUGCUGGGGAAGUACUGGUAGCUGCAGAGCUGCUCCUGAAGGACAAGGUGAAAGAUGGAGAUUUGCCCCUGAUCCCUCCUCGGAGGGGGGAAAAGCUCUACAUGGUUCCUCAGGGCAUUAGGCCUGUAGUGCAGCUCACUGCAAUCGAGGUCUUGACUUGGGGCUUGCGGAACAUGAAGACCUACCAGAUCGCCACAGUUUCUUCCCCGAGUUUGAUAGUGGAAUGUGGUGGUGAGAUUGUGCAAACCGCUGUCAUCAAGAACUUCAAAAAGAACCCAAACUUUUCUGGAUCCGUUCUGCUUCUCAAAGUGCUUCUUCCAAAAGAGGACAUGUACACCCCUCCCAUUGUACUGAAGGUAAUAGACCACCGACCCUUUGGAAGGAAACCUGUAGUGGGUCAGUGCACUAUCGAUUGUCUGGAGAAGUUCCGCUGUGAUCCAUAUCUCGUUAACAGUGAAGUCUGCAUGUCUGCUAGAGUGGCAAUGAUAGCUGCUGCCCAAGGAGAUGUUGUUAUAGACAUGGAGGACAGACACAUCAUGAAAACUCAGCCUCAAGCAGAAAAGGAGGAGGGAGUAGACUGGUGGAGUAAAUUCUAUGCAUCUGUUAGCGAGCUGGAGAAGUGUGGACCUUACCUGAAAAAAGGCUAUGACACCUUACAGGUAUAUGACUGUGAACUAGAAGAUGUUCCACAGUUCCAGGGGCUCACUGAUUUCUGCAGCACUUUCAAGCUUCAACGAGGAAAGACUGAAGAUGGCAUAGAAGAUCCUUCUGUGGUUGGAGAGUUCAAGGGCUCAUUCAAGAUUUACCCACUGCCUGAUGACCCAGGGGUGGCAGCUCCACCCCGCCAGUUCAGAGAGCUCCCUGAGAGUGGACCUCAGGAAUGUCUGGUCAGAAUAUAUAUAGUUCGCUGUAUUGACCUGCAGCCUAAAGAUACAAAUGGCUUGUGUGACCCAUACAUCAAGAUCACACUGGGGAGGAAAACACUGAAUGACAGAGAUCACUACAAACCAAACACCCUUAAUCCAGAGUUUGGAAGGAUGUUUGAGCUGUCCUGCUUCCUGCCUCAAGAUAAAGACCUGAAGGUUUCUGUGUAUGACUAUGACUUACUGAGCAAGGAUGAAAAAGUGGGUGAGACAGUCAUCGAUUUGGAGAACAGACUCCUGUCCCGCUUCAGGCCCUGCUGUGGCUUGCCACAGACUUACUGUGUGUCAGGGAUCAAUCAGUGGCGAGAUCAGCUGAAGCCUUCCCACAUCCUCCAGAAUCUGGCCAAAAUAAGUGGUGUUCCUCCUCCAUACAUAGAAGCAGAUGGCAGCUCACUGUCUUUCUCAGGAAAACAUUAUAACCUGCAAGAUUUUGAGGCAAGCACUGUGAUCCACCCACAUCUGGGGCCAGCCAGAGAGAGACUGGCCCUGCAUGUCCUCAGAAGCCAGGGCUUGGUACCAGAACAUGUGGAGACCAGAACCCUGUGUAGCUCCCACCAACCCAAUCUAUCCCAGUGAAAAAUUCAAAUGUGGGUUGAUAUUUUCCCCAAGAGCCUUGGCUUGCCAGAGCCACCGUGUGACAUCACUCCACGCAAAGCCAAGAAGUACUUCUUGCGAGCCAUCAUUUGGAACACAAGUGAUGUCAUUCUGGAUGAAACAAGCAUCACGGGAGAAAAAAUGAGCGACAUCUACGUUAAAGGAUGGAUGCCAGGAAUGGAGGAGGACAAGCAGAAGACUGAUGUCCACUACAGAUCCCUGGAUGGUGAUGGUAAUUUUAACUGGAGGUUCAUCUUUGGGUUUGAGUACCUGCCUGCAGAACAGCUGUGUUUCAUCUCAAGGAAAGAACAUUUUUGGAGCCUGGAUAAAACUGAGUUUAGGAUUCCUCCUAAACUCAUCAUCCAGAUAUGGGACAAUGACAAAUUCUCCCUGGAUGACUACUUAGGUUCAGUUGAGCUGGACCUACAUAAUCUGAUCCCCCCUGCUAAGACUCCAGAAAAGUGCAGCCUGAAGAUGUUGCCAGCGAUGACAAGCUUGACCUCUUCAAAGCAGCCACAACACAACUCUCUCUUCUCCCAGAAGUCUGUACGAGGCUGGUGGCCAUGCAUGAUAGAACAGAAUGGGAAACCUGUGCUUGGUGGGAAAGUAGAGAUGACCUUGGAAAUAGUGGGGGAGAAGGACAUGGAAGAGAGACCUGCUGGGAAAGGCAGAGAUGAGCCCAACAUGAAUCCCAAACUGGACCUACCGAACCGCCCUGACAUGUCAUUCUUCUGGUUUACAAACCCUUGGAAGACCAUGAAGUUCAUAGUUUGGCACAGAUUCAAAUGGAUUUUCAUUGCUGUGAUUCUUCUUCUGCUGGUUCUCUUGUUCUUUGGGAUUUUGUUCUACUCCCUGCCUAAUUACAUCUCAAUGAAGAUUGUGAAGCCUUUUUCCUAAGGAGCUUUGCAGAGAAGCAGCCUGCCUUCCUGUAGCAGUCUUUAGUACUCUUCAUUGUUACCCACAGAAAUAUACAGUAACUUUCUCUGCUGAUGCCAUAGCAGACUGAUAUUCAUAUUUUUCCUCACACAUAAUUAUGGCCAUUACAAGCCAGUUAGGCCAGCCGCUGCUUAACUUGGGUAAAUACAAUGUGGAUGCUGUGUGUCAAGCCACAUAUCUGCUCUUUGCUUCGGUGAGAAUAGUAUGCGUUGGGGGUAGGUUAGGUCUGGAAAAUAGGGUGGCUUAUUGUGGGGAUCUGAAGAUUCACCGUCCUCUUUAGGGCCAAAUAAUGGGUAAACAUCAUUUAACUCGUAUACUAAGCUUCCAUAUGAAUGCUCUCUCAUUCUUUGGCGCAUUUAAUUGUGUAUUAUUGACUGGAUGUCUACUUUUAUUUUUGGCACUCUCAGUAUUACUUGUACUGCAUCUCUUGUAUGUGAUCACAUUUUGAAAAAAAGUAAAGAUUGUCA